AUGGGGACCGGGAUGAAGAUGAAGAACAUCCUCAAAGGCCUUCGUUAUAUUUCUCAAAUAUUUGAUGAAGAGGAAGAACCGGAGAUGCAAAUUGGUCACCCCACAGACGUCAAGCACGUGGCGCACAUCGGUUGUGACGGUCAGUCCAUCAAUAAUUCUCCUACUUGGAUGACCGAGUUCCGAUCGCCGGCGGUGGCCGCCGGCGCAGCUGCACAAAACAAGGCCGAACCAGGUUCAUUCCGUUUUCGCUAUCCCCACCCGAGCGACGCGCCGCCUCCGCGGUCCUCCCCCGGCCUCGACGGCGGAUCUAACCGGAGGUCGCGCCGCUCGCAGCCUGCCGGAGGCCGCGCCGACAGCGUUGCGGUGGCGGAGGACGAAGGGGCCAAGCAAGGGCGGAAGAAAGGGAGCGGCGAGGAUGCACCGGCCGCGCCCAGGAACCCGCAGCGGCGCAAGCCCAAAGGCGGCGCUUCCUCCUCUUCCUCCCACGCCAGCGGGGCGUCGACGCGGCCGAAGGCGGCGAGAUCGGGCGAGCAGAGACCCGACGCGGUGAAGCCCGCGGUGGCGAAGGGCGAAGCAGAGCCAGGGGAAGAGAACUGA